UGGGCGCUGCGGGCCGGUGGCGGGAAGGGGUUUGACCGCCGAGCGGCUGACGGGUGCGUGGAGGCGCCGAGCCCUGCGCGUGGGGCCGCAGUUGUCUGCGGCGCGGGUGGGAGCCCGCAGCCGUCGCUGCUGCCGCUUUUAGCAGCCCUGGUUGCCGCUGCACGCGCUUCUACCUCCCGGUGGAGGACACGGGACAGAGAGACGCGUUCCGGGUUAGCUUGCGUUUUUCUCCCGCAUUGAUGACUGCAGCUUUUGACGGACGGGCCUUUUCAUCUCUUAACUAGUUCUUGGAUAUAUUUUGUGCUGCGAGAUCUUUUGUUGCCAAGUUACGUAAUUGGGCAAGAGACAGGUUUUUGGCAACGAAGUCCAUAAAAGGAUUGUUUGAAAUAACGGAAGGAAAUGGACGUACAUCCAACCACUCCUAGCAAAGAAAGAGUUUUCAGUUUGGAAAAGGCAUUUUGCUACAGUGAAUAGAGUCGAUCUCUGCUCUGACCUUACAGUUUGUGGACUGACCUUAUCUCUAGGAAGUGGACGCUCGGCCCUCCAGCUCAUCUUAGGAUGGCGUCUGCCUCAGGUCUGAGGUGGCUGAAUGACAGGCAGAAUGAGAAGAGGCCUAGAACAUGGGAAAGCAAAGGCAAACUGCUGUCUGAAGACUGACUCGCCCCAUGGCUUUCAUGCAGUUUGGAAGCAGGGGAGACUGUCAGAGAGGUGCUGUACUUUUGCACACAGCCUGGCUGAAGGCUAAGAGAACUGAAGGAGCUCUAACAGAGGAACUGGAAUCUGUAAGCAAUGAGCUCCAUGCGAUUGACAUCCAGAUUCAAGAACUUACAGAGAGGCAGCAAGAGCUCCUUCAGAGAAAGUCCGUCCUGGCAAAGAAACUCAAGCAGUGCUUAGAGGGCUCCGAUGCCGAGGCGAGCAGCAGCUGUGACUCCUCACCAGCCUCAUGGAAUAAAGAAGAUUUCCCGUGGUCUGGGAAGGUUAAAGGUGUGCUGAAAAAUGUUUUUAAACUGCAGAAGUUCAGACCCCUGCAGCUGGAAACCGUCAAUGUCACCAUGGAUAGAAAGGACAUCUUUCUGGUCAUGCCCACAGGAGGUGGGAAGAGCUUGUGCUACCAGCUGCCAGCACUGUGCUCAGAGGGUUUUACACUUGUGAUUUGCCCACUCAUCUCUCUUAUGGAAGAUCAGCUGAUGGUUUUAAAACAGUUGGGAAUUUCAGCUACUAUGUUGAAUGCUUCUAGUUCUAAGGAGCAUGUGAAAUGGGUUCACGCUGAAAUGGUGAGUAGAAACUCCCAGUUAAAGCUGAUUUAUGUGACUCCAGAGAAAAUUGCAAAAAGCAAGAUGUUCAUGUCAAGACUAGAGAAAGCCUACGAAGCUGGAAGGCUGACUCGCAUCGCAGUGGAUGAGGUGCACUGUUGCAGUCAGUGGGGACAUGAUUUCAGGCCUGAUUAUAAGGCACUUGGCAUCUUGAAGCGCCAGUUUCCCAACACCUCACUGAUUGGGCUGACCGCAACAGCAACCAACCAUGUUUUGAAGGAUGCACAGAAAAUCCUGUGUGUGGAUAAAUGUUUGAUUUUCACAGCAUCUUUCAAUCGGCCAAAUCUUUAUUAUGAGGUUCGACAAAAACCCUCGAAUGCUGAUGACUUUAUUGAGGACAUUGUAAAGCUCAUAAAUGGACGGUACAAAGGGCAAUCAGGAAUCAUAUACUGUUUUUCUCAGAAAGACUCUGAACAAGUUACCAUUAGUUUGCAAAAAUUGGGAAUUCAUGCAGGAACUUACCAUGCCAAUAUGGAACCCGAAGAUAAGACCAAGGUUCAUACUCGGUGGUCAGCCAAUGAACUUCAGGUGGUCGUGGCUACAGUUGCAUUUGGCAUGGGAAUUGAUAAGCCAGAUGUGAGGUUCGUCAUCCACCAUUCAAUGAGCAAAUCCAUGGAGAAUUACUACCAAGAGAGUGGCCGUGCCGGUCGCGAUGACUCGAGAGCAGACUGUAUUCUGUAUUACGGCUUUGGAGACAUAUUCAGGAUCAGCUCGAUGGUGGUCAUGGAGAAUGUAGGGCAGCAGAAGUUGUACGAGAUGGUGUCAUACUGCCAGAAUAUAAGCAAGUGCCGUCGUGUGUUGAUAGCACAACAUUUUGAUGAAGUGUGGAAUGCUGACGCCUGUAACAAAAUGUGUGACAGCUGCUGCAAAGACAUUUUGUCUGAGAAAAGGAAUGUAACACAGCACUGCCGAGACCUGGUCAAGAUCCUGAAGCAGGCAGAGGCACUGAAUGAAAAGCUCACUCCACUGAAGCUCAUCGAUUCUUGGAUGGGAAAGGGAGCAGCCAAGUUGAGAGUGGCUGGCGUUGUUGCCCCGGUCCUUCCCCGAGAAGACCUGGAGAAAAUCAUCGCACAUGCUCUCCUGCAGCAGUAUCUCAAAGAAGACUACAGUUUCACAGCUUACGCCACCAUCUCGUAUCUGAAAGUGGGACCCAGAGCUAGUCUUCUCAGCAGCGACGCCCAUGCUGUUACCAUGCAAGUGAGGAAGUCCACACAGAGCGGCGCCAGGGCUGCGUCAUCUGGACUGUCGGAGCAUGCCGAGGAGAAAGGGGACGUCCAGAAGUCCACAAACAGGCUUCAGCCGUCUGGGGCUAAGAAAAGGAAGCUGGAUGAUGCCUGAGUGUCACUUAAUCUUGCACAAAAUAACUGUUUACGUUAUUUAUGUCUAGAUCAUUUUUAUGCUUAAUUUUUGAAACAAUUUUGUAUUUUAUACAUAUAAAAUUAUAUAUUCAGAGCUUAUCUGAAGAUAUUCAGGAUCAUUUGAAAAUUUGAGGUCAGGAGUUAUAUUUUACAGUAUACAAUAAUGAAAAAUAAUACAUCUUUUAUGCAAAGUUGUCUAAGUGUGAUAUAUUUGAGAUUAAGUCCAUGUAAGUGUCAUAAGCUCAUUUGCCUUGCUGUGACUAUCUAGUUUUCUGGUGUGACUCCCUUUAAAGCAAUACCAUGCUGACAUAGGCUCACCCUUCCAAGAUGGUGCCAUUUUAGGCUGAGCAAUGCAGAUGAUGUCUGACCGGAAGAGCUGAUGUUUUAGCUCAGAUGAAAACAGUCAGUCACCAGUACCAAGGGUGUCAGCAAGAAGACUCGGCAUGUUCUAAGUAAAUCAAGACAGCAAGCCUCCUGAAGCCCUGGCCUUACUCUGAUGUUCAGGCAAAGAAGGAUCUGGUACACAGGUGCAUUUGUGUUAA